ACAAGACGAAGAAAAUGAACCUACUAGCAAGUGAAAACAAUCAGGAUUUGCAUUAUGUUGAAUUUCCUUAUUGGUUUCAAAAUUCAAAAGAGUAAAGGUGAGCACUUUCAUGAUUUCGAAUUAGGUGAGGAAUCUUGAUGGACCGGUUAGUUUUGUAACCUGGUACCUGCCACAUCUGAAAAGAAGUUCCUGAAGGAUCACAUCAUGGAAACCGUAGUUGACUUCCUAAACAUAUUCCACAUGGACACCAGCGGAUUAUCUCUGACACUGGGCCUGCUUUUCCUUGUUCUUUUGUACUGGUAUUCAAUUUACCCCUUUUCAGUCCUCACCCGAUGUGGAAUUAAACAUCCGAAGCCAGUGCCCUUCUUCGGCAAUCUGUUCCUGUUUCGACAGGGUUUUUUCCAUCCCAUGUCUGAACUCAUAAAGACGUAUGGUCGAGUUUGUGGGUAUUAUUUGGGAAGGAGAGCAGUGGUGGUCGUGGCAGACCCUGAUAUGCUGCGUCAAGUGAUGGUGAGGGAGUUCAGCAGCUUUCCCAACAGAAUGACUAAUCGCUUUGCCAGCAAACCUAUAAGCGAUUGUCUGCUUAUGUUGAAGAACGAACGGUGGAAAAGAGUCCGCAGCAUCCUGACGCCAGCCUUCAGUGCUGCCAAGAUGAAAGAGAUGGUUCCACUCAUCCAAACGGCGACAACUGCCUUGAUGAACAACUUGGAUGUCUUUGCCAAAUCUGGGGAGGCUUUUGACAUUCACAGAUGCUUCGGCUGCUUCACUAUGGAUGUCAUCGGCAGCGUGGCGUUCGCAACACAGGUGGACUCUCAGAACAACCCGGAUGACCCGUUUGUCCGUCAUGCUCAGAUGUUCUUCUCCUUUUCUUUCUUCAGGCCCAUCAUGUUGUUUUUCAUUGCUUUCCCGCACAUCAUGGCUCCACUGGUAGGAAUCAUCCCCAAUAAACGCCGCCACCAAAUGAAUGAGUUCUUCAUCAACAACAUUCAGGGGAUCAUCAGAAAGAGGGAGGAACAACCUCCUGAGCAGAGGCGGCGGGAUUUCCUUCAGCUGAUGUUAGACGCUCGAAGCAGCAAAGACGAAUUGUCUUCAGAGCACGUUGAUUCUGCGAGGCACGGCGCUGCCGCAGUGCCAGAGCAUGCAAGCCCAGAGGCAUCCGCUCGCAAUCCUUCCAAAAAGGCUAUAACAGAAGACGAAAUUAUCGGCCAAGCUUUAGUCUUCCUGCUGGCCGGUUACGAGACCAGCAGCAACACUCUGGCCUUCACAUGUUACCUCCUGGCGAUCCAUCCGGAGUGUCAAUGUCGAGUGCAGGAGGAGGUGGACGACUUCUUCAGCAAGCACGAGUCCCCUGACUAUGCCAAUGUCCAGGAGCUGAAAUAUUUAGACAUGGUGGUUUGUGAAGCAUUAAGGCUCUAUCCUCCUGGAUUCAGGUUUUCUCGAGAAAUUGAGCAGGACUGCAUUGUGAAUGGAGUGCACCUCCCAAAAGGAGCAAUGGUGGAGAUCCCAGUGGGAUUUCUUCACUAUGACCCAGAACACUGGCCCGAGCCGGAAAAGUUCAUUCCCGAAAGAUUCACGCCUGAGGCUAAAGUCAAUCGCCAUGCAUUCACGUACCUCCCUUUCGGAGCCGGACCCCGCAACUGUGUAGGCAUGAGGCUCGCCCAACUCGAGAUCAAAGUUGCGCUGGUGCAAAUCUUUCGCAAGUUCAACAUUACGACGUGCUCUGACACAAAGGUUCCACUUGAGUUGAAGUCAUCAAGCACCCUCGGACCUAAAAAUGGCAUUUUCGUCAAGAUUACAAGGAGAUCUGACUAAGUGUGAUAACUCUGAUUUGAUGGUUACUUUAAGCAACUGAUUCCAUUGUUACAGAAAUCAUAGGGAAUUUGUGGAAACUCUCAUUUGCCUAUUUCUUGUUUCCACAUCCUCUAAAUGCACUUUCCUCCACUAUUUGAUUGCUUAUGAGAAGUCAUGAAAUUGCUGGAGGUCAACACAAGGGCGUAGGUUUGGUCUCAAUAUUGGUAGGGACGAUAUAACAGCAAAAUCUGCAUGUACACUUUUAGCUAGGGAUGGGACAGUAAUAAUACCAAACAGAUUGGGUGAACGGGGGUCAGGGCUACCUUUUUCACAAAUAUCAACCUAAUUAAUUGAUAUGCUGAAUCAGGGGUGCUCAUUAAGUCGAUCACGAUCAACCAGUCGGUCGAAACACUAGCGUGGGUAGCUUGCGGCAUCCCCCAAUUUUUUUUUUUUUUUAAUGUACGUAGUAAAUUAUGAUUAUGUUGUAUGUUGUGUUGUGUGAGCAACAUAAGAGGUUAUGCAGCACUCUCUCUAAGCAGCUUUUCGCUCACGUUUUUCUGGUUCUGUAGUUUCCAGCAGAGUUCACUACAUUUCUUAGUUUAAUUAAUGUUAACUGUAGAAAAUACAAACAGAAGGACACUUCUCUCUAAGCAGCUUCCUACUUGAGUUUUGCAGGUUAGCAAGUUCACACAGUUUAAUAUUAUGCCAACUCUGAUGCAGGUCGGACUUCGUGUGGCAAAUUAGUGGUAUGUUUCCCACCUCGACGACAUUGUCCUCUUUUUAAAUUACCGACUGUGGCUGCUGCUGGUCGAAAAACUUCUUAUAUCCCUCCUCUUCGAAGGGGGCAUGUUGUCGACAUAUAUUUCUGUCUGGGUUGUGUGAGUGUGAGCCUGCGUGUUUGUCGGGACUGGGUCGAGUUAUCAGCCAAACGUGCAUUUGAGGGGGAAAAAAAUGGACCGGCACAAUCAGAAAGUGAAAAGGGCUAAAUGUAAGUUUGAACAUAAUGAAAAUAAUUCACUUAAUCAUGGUAAGGUCAAUUCUAUCCUUACAACAUAUGGGAAGACGAUAUAUAACGGAACUCAUUAUAUAAUGCAUAUAAAAUUGCUUAAAGGUUGGGGACAAUUUGAGCAUCCUAAAAAGUUGGUAGUGUUAUGUCCCUACCAUCCCUAUGCAAACCUACGCCCUUGGGUCAACAUGUCUUUUGAUGGCCAAAAUAAUAAAUGCUUUGAGGUCGCAACUAGUACCAUCCGAGUGGGAUAAGUCAGACUUCCCACCUUCCUCGAAUGCAGCAUGAGCACGAGCGGCGUAAGCACUCCUCUCUAUUGUGGUCACAUUACACAUCCCCAAAAUAUAUAUAUAUAUUCCCGCGGAAAUGAAUGAAUUACGGCAGUUUGAUGUGACAUUGCUUUGGCCGCAUGGGUAUUUUUAACAACGAUCUGUAUUUUGAAUUUGACUAUUUUAGGUCUGUUGAUAUCAUUUUUUUAAUUAGCAUGCUAGGAAGGGACCAUUGACUCGCGCUAGCUUAGCCACUCCGGAGCCCUGAAAUGAAUAACUAACAAACUUCACUGAAUUUGUUGAAAUGAACUCCACCGACUAAUUUAAUCCCCGCUAAAUCGAAGAUUAAGCCGAUUGUCAAAAAUUCUGAAGUUCCGCUUUAACUCACUAUGCUGCUAAACAUCUUGAAUAAAUAAAGAUGAUCUUGCAAAAAGUGAUGCCUUGUUUUUUUCCAGGAAUUUGAAGACCAUCCUAAAGCUACAUUAAAAUAUACAGUGUAACUUCAAAUUUUCUCACUGACUUAUAAAGUACCAUGCCAAGUAAAAAUUUAAAGAAUUUGUUGAUACUGUAUCCCUUAUACAGCUCUCAACUUCUUCAUGAAGUAACAAAUCAUUGCAAAAAACAUUCUGCGUGUUUUAGUUUGUGGGGAGUGCAAAUAUGAUUCUAACAUGACUUAAAUGUGAAGUAACACAUAAAUAUCAAAAUGUUAGUUAAAAAAAACAUUUCUGUGCCUAAUAGCAGUCGUGUCUCAGCUGUCUACAAACAAUUCCUUUUGACAUCAUCCUGGUUCAAACACUAAACGUCGUGUGUGGGAAUCAUUUUUCUCUUGUGGAGAAAGGCAGAAAAAUUGACACAAUAGAAUACAUUCUAGAUACAAUGUCCAAUAACAUGGCUUGUCUUAGGAUAAUGAUGAACUUUUGCUAUUCAUUACUGAAACCUCGUUUUGCAUUCUGGAUGAUAAUGAAUAAUUUGGCAAAUUAAAAACGCAUCAAUUUCUUUAUUGUGGUAAUUUGUUAUACAGUCAUUUGAUACAGCAA